AUGGCUGACAUCCUGACACAGCUCCAAACCUGCCUGGAUCAACUGGCAACGCAAUUCUACGCAACACUCGGCUACCUCACAACAUACCACGACAAUGCGCCUACAACUCCACCACCCAAUGUCCCAGAUGCGGCGCCUGCGCUAGCAAAAAUAACCAAGAACUCUUCCUCGCCUCCCGUUCCAGCUGCUAUCGCAAACAAGGCCGGCGGCGCCGCAGCCAUAGCAGGGAAUGCAUCACCACCGCCUGCCCCUCCCCAACAACCCGGUGCAGCACCUGUUUUAGAAGGCGAAGAUCCCAAUCUUCCACCUGCGCCAGACUCGCCGCGCACAUUCGCCAGUCGACAGCGAGAGCUUGCGCGCGACCUGAUCAUCAAGGAACAGCAGAUCGAAUACCUCAUCUCUGUACUUCCGGGAAUCAGUACUUCCGAAGCUGAGCAAGAGGGGAGGAUUCGGGAAUUGGAAGUUGAGCUUAGAGGGGUGGAAGUCGAGCGUGUGGAGAAGGUGCGUGAGCUCAAGAGGCUGAGAGCGCGACUGGAAAAUGUCCUCGGUGCGGUUUCUACAGGGCUCCAUGGAGAUGGACACUCUCAAAACUAA